AUGGCUAGGCUCAACGAACCUCCUGUGUCCACGGACAGCCUAGAAACACUCCGAAGAAAGCUCCUGCGCCAGAAUAGAGACUUGGCCAAAUCAAACAACGUACGCGCCCUCAAGAUUAGAGAGCUGGAGAAUGAUUGCGCCUGCAUGUUGUCCGAGAAUCUCCAGUUGCGAAGUCGCAUACUCGAGCUUGAGAAACAAGUAGAAGACAACGACGCACGACGAAUUGCCGACCAUGCUCUCGCCAUCAAGGCCAAGCUUGAAUCUCAGCUCACAGAAUGGGGUGACCUAAUUGCCGGCUUGGGCUUGGAACCGCCCCCCAAGCGACAUUCGCCUAGUAUUAGAAGGACCUCUUCCUCCAGGCGACGAACAAGCUGCGCUUAUGGUCGUGUCAGCCCCUCUCAGAGACGCCUCCGAGAGGUUGCUAGGGAAAUCGAGGAGCUUGGAAGUAUCUCGGAACACAAAUCCUACCCACGCUUAUCGAUGAACCCUGAACAAAUACUUGCACUACGCUCCGAGGCUGAUUCAGUCGAGUCUCCGGAGCUAGGCCCCCCACCUAUGUCACAGUUCAUCGACAACGAACCUGCCAAAGUCGAAUCCCCUCCCGCAAAAUCUCCUGAACCAUCAAACCUGAGCCCGAGCCCGAGGAACAGAAUGCAAUCACCAGAAUUGUUACCAUCCCCAAGAGCUGACCCAUUCGUGGACAACUCCCCUUCUCCGAAGAAACGCGAUAUGCCAUUGAAGCCAAUGCUCCAGCUACAGUCGAAGGCGGAGUCCCUCAAGUCAACAGUGAGGCCUCUACAGUUGAAACCACAAACAGCGGAGCCCCCAGCUGCAGAGAAAGAAAAAACAACAACUGCUCCUCCUGCUAAGGCCGGGACAAAGCGCAAGUUUUCUGUGAAUGAGGAUUCAGAGAAGACUGGAUCAGGACAGGAUGAGAACCAACCUCCUCGAAUGAUGGCUAGCAAGACAUCAAUUCGGGAGAAGACUGGCGGGAAAACUCUCAAGGAGCUGGUCACAAUGAGGAAAGACAUCAGAGAGCAGACUUCGGUCCCGCUGGCGACCCGCAAACCACUCUCGGCCAAGAACACCAACGACGACUUUAGCUCUCCAAAGAAGAACCCCAAGUCGGGGAAAGCGGCCAUUCUAGAUGACGUUACGAUUGGAAAGGCGGAAUUAUCCAAGUCCAAGCCAAUCCAGGAGCCGGUCAAAUCGAAGACCAAGAACUCAGCUCCCCUUAAAGUUGUACCACUUCUAUCUCCUGAACCAGAGCCAGUGGUUGCAAUAGUCAACAGCGAGCCCGAUACAUCCGAUGCACAGCCCGCCAAGGUCUCCAUAGAAAGCACGCCCCCUCCCGUCCAUAUGCCAGCCGAGGAAGAAGUGGCCCGCCCCAGUCGUCGAAGCAGGCCAACUAUUAGCUAUGCGGAGCCCAAUCUGAGAGACAAGAUGAGGAGACCAACCAAGGAAUUGAUGGAUGCCGUUGCAGGCUCUCGAAGGAUCAGCCACACUGAACCUAUUCACCGUGAUCUUUCUAAGAGAAAACAGGAAGCAGAGACAUCAGCUGGCCCUGCAGCUUCCGGUGAAAUCACACAUGAGAAGCUUCCUCCCAGCCCCGAGAGGAAGGUCUCACGAGAAGAGGAGGCUACGUCAAUGUCAACCGAGGGAUCCAAACGAUCUCCAUCAACAACAGAAGGAGAGAGCAGGGAAGAAGAUACAUCAAAGGAGAAUAUCCCAGGAUCUGAUGACGUUGAUCUAUAUGAAUUUACGAGUUCAUCGCCGAAGCAUGGGAAACAAGGACCGGCGGAGGGCAAGAGAAGGCGGGGCCCAAGUCGGCAGUCCAGAUCCUCACGGCGGUUCUCCGCGGCGGUUGACCAAGAGGAUGAUAGCUUCGAAAUAAGGGAACAGACCUCGUCGAGACGGCGAAGCAUGAUGGUGUAA